AUGACAGGCAGAGGUACAACCACGAUGACGGAGGGAAACUGCAUAUCCGUGUGGGUUUGCCGCGAAGAGAAGCUUGUGCUGGGCUUAUCCAAACGGACGAGCUGUGCAGAUGUCAUCCAAGUCCUGCUGACGGAUCAGGACCCACAGAUGGGACUUUACCACGCACCGCAGUCCUACUGCAUUGUGGAGAAAUGGAGGGGCUUUGAGAGAGUUCUCCCAAACAAAACAAAGAUCUGGCGGCUUUGGCUCGCAUGGGACCAGGAGCAGAAAGACGUAAAGUUUGUACUGGUGAAGUGCGAUGCGUCCCUCCCCAGUCACGCUCCCCGGAGCGCAGAGGCUCGAGUGGUGCGCAGCGAGCAGAGCGAGUGCGUGACCAGUGGGACCACCGCUGCUUCAGGAGUCUGUCCCGAGAAGCAACGACGCAUUGUAAGAAAAGCUUUCAGAAAACUGGAGAAAAUAAACAAGAGGCGUGUGCGCAAGGAUGCAUCGUGCGCUGAAAGAAUGGAGACUUUGGUGCACUUGGUGCUGUCCCAGGACCACACCAUCAGACAACAGGUGCACAGACUCCAGGAGCUGGACACAGCUGUAGAGCUGUACGAGGCCAAAGUGCAUCUGGAGCGGGUCCAGCGCCACGGAGCCAACUACGUCCAGGACACGUACCUCGAGAACAACGACAACGAGACGGUAAAAGCAGAGAAGUUGUGCUCAAAUCAGAUCACACUGUUUGAAGACUACGUAGCAACAUGUGAGGCUGUCGGGAGGCUCCAAGAGGAGAUCCGUGAGAGUGAAGCUCAGAUUGACAGAGUGAGGGCGCAGAUCCAGCAGGAGCUGCAGUCGAGCUGGAUGCAGCGGCAGGUGCAUCUGCAUGGACCACUGAUGGAGGAGGAGGAGGAGGAGCGGCUCAAAACUCAACUAGAAGCCAGCUGGUACAUCGGCCUGCGCCUGGACACAGACUUGGGGGCUGUUAGAGGAGAUCUAAAGAUAUUCGAGGACAAAUAUACCACAAGAAUGCAGGAACUAGUAGAGUUACUGCAGGAAGUGAACGCUCUGGAUUUAACAGACGUGCAGAGCUCAGUGGGAACAGGAAGACCCAGAGUGGACAAUUAUGACGUUCAGACUGAGUGGGUAGAGCAGGCCAGGGGACUCUCCAAAGUGCACCACCUGAAUGAUGAUGACUCAGACACGGGCCUGAGCUCCCUGCAUAGCCUUGACUCAGACCCAGCUCAGUGGGAGGCCGUGGUGUAA